AUGGUGGCGAGAGCCCUGUGGCUCCUCGUGUCAGACCCUACCCUUCUUCCUCCUGCAGCAGGCCCAGCUUCCAGUGCCCCCAGCCCCCUGCUGGCCUCCCUGCCCCUGCCUGCCAGGCCUCUGCAGCCCUCGCUGGACUUCAAGCACUUGCUCACCUUCCACUUCAAUGGCGCUGCCCCGCUCAGUCUCUUCCCCAACUUCAGCACGAUGGACCCUGUCCAGAAAGCUGUCAUCAGCCACACGUUUGGGGUCCCCUCCCCUCUGAAGAAGAAACUCUUCAUUUCCUGUAACAUCUGUCACCUGAGGUUCAACUCAGCGAACCAGGCCGAAGCCCAUUAUAAAGGCCACAAACACGCCAGAAAACUCAAGGCUGUCGAAGCCGCCAAGAGCAAGCAGAGGCCCCAAACCCUGGCCCAGGAUGGGACGCCGGUGUCCCCAACCCCAGCUGUGGCCAGUGGAGCCCCUGCAGAGAUUCAGAGCAAAGUUCCUGCAGCCCCUCCUCCUGGCCACCCACUCCAGCCACCACUGACUCUCAAUCCAACGCCCAGGGAGCCAGCCCGCUCAGACCUCUUGGAUGCUGGCUCUUCUUCUUCUUCUUCUUCUUCUUCUUCUUCUUCCUCCUCCUGCCCACCUUCCUCCCCAGAGCCUGGGAGAGAAGCACCAGGGCCUGAGCCGGCGGCGGCUGCUGUGGGAAGUGGUGUGAGUGGGGAACGCAGGAGUGAGAAGGGGCGCCUCUACUGCCCCACGUGUAAGGUGACGGUGAACUCCGCCUCCCAGCUUCAGGCUCACAAUACAGGAGCCAAGCACCGGUGGAUGGUGGAAGGUCAGCAAGGGGCUCCCCGCAGGGGCCGGAGUCGCCCAGUGCCCCGAGGAGGAGCUGGACACAAGGCCAAGAGAGUGACUGGGGGCCGGGGGACCCGGCAGGGGCCCAGUCCCCCUUUUCACUGUGCCAUUUGUCAGCUCCAGGUCAAUUCAGAGACCCAACUCAAGCAGCACCUGAGCAGCAGGAGACACAAAGACCGCCUGGCCGGGAAACCCCCCAAGCCCUCCAGCCAGCACAGCAAGCUGCAGAAGCACGCAGCGCUGGCUGUGAGUAUCCUCAAGUCUAAACUGGCCUUGCAGAAGCAACUCACCAAGACGCUGGCAGCCCGCUUCCUGCCCAGCCCAAUCCCCACAGCGGCCGCUGCCAUCUGUGCCCUGCCAGGGCCCCUCGCCCUCAGGCCUGCCCCCACAGCAGCCACCACCCUCUUCCCAGCUCCGAUCCUGGGCCCAGCUCUGUUCCGCACCCCAGCAGGAGCCGUCCGCCCUGCCACAGGACCCAUCCUCUUCGCCCCCUAUUAGCCCUCCUGGGGAGGCCAGGGCUGACUUCCCAGCAGCCACUCUCCCCACUCUCCUCUCCCUGAGAUGCCUCGGUUCUUACAUCCCACGGGGGACUGCCUUUUAUAGCCUAGGAGUUCCUGAACAAUCUAGGAAGAGCUGGGCUAGCUUUAAGGGCCGCUGCCCUUUGCUCCAACUGGACUGGGGAUCAACUAAUAUCCCCCUAGCCCAAGGGCCAAGCCCACUCUCAUUUCCCAGGCCUUCUAGGGCUAAUUCUGGGCUCCCCUGCAUUUCCUGGCCUGAUUUAUGGGGAGCAAAUAGAAAUCCCAAAGAUCUAUGCAAAAUCCUAGCCCAGCCCCAUGGUGCUAUUUUCCCCACUCAAGACCUAAACUUGCAUGGCCAGGGGCCCUAGAAAUCUUAACUUCUACCCUGGGGAUGUCUGUGACCUCUACUUCCAUGCCCUGGGGAGGCCCUCCCUGCCUCACUGAAUUCUGUGGAGAGUGACUGGAGCUGAGAGAUGGGCUCUCAAGCUGGAGUGAGUUCAAGGCUAUCUGGAAAAAGAGACCAUGGGGGUGUGGUGGACUGGAAAAGAAAGGGAGCAGUGCCAAGGUGGAGCAAAGCCAUGGCAGGGGCCGGUGCUGAAAGCUUUAGGGGUCUUCAUCUGCUCCAAUGGAAUUGGGCUAGGACAGGGGUGGUGGUGAUGUUCUGGCUGGACCCAGUUUCAAUAGAGGAAGUGACCAGUCCUCUCUUAGCCUUUUGAUUCCUUCUGAACCCCAGCUCUGGGGUGGGGGUACUGGGUCUCUCUCAGACUACGGACCCAGCUAAAUUGAAUCCCCCCAGGGCUCCCAAAUGAAGAGCUUUCUCCUCUAAUUCUUCACCCCAAACUGUUCCCUGGAACUAAAUUCAGCUUUUCUUCCUCCCAACCAGCACCCUAAGCCCCCCUCACUGUGAAGCUGAGUGCUGGGAUCCAGUCUGAUAACUCUAAAAGAGCCACGUUCACACUGUCAAGGUUAAUGUCACAACCUCCAUCCCACCCCAGCACUACCCCCCU